GGAGGGCCCGAGAUGGAUGACUACAUGGAGACGCUGAAGGAUGAGGACGACGCCUUGUGGGAGAAUGUGGAAUGCAACCGGCACAUGCUGAGUCGCUACAUCAACCCGGCCAAGCUUACCCCCUACCUGCGGCAGUGCAAAGUCAUCGACGAGCAAGAUGAGGACGAAGUGCUUAGUGCGCCCAUGCUGCCUUCCAAGAUCAACCGGGCAGGCCGGCUGUUGGACAUUCUCCACACCAAGGGCCAGAGGGGUUAUGUGGUCUUCUUGGAGAGCCUGGAAUUCUACUACCCAGAACUGUACAAACUGGUGACUGGGAAGGAGCCUACCCGCAGAUUCUCCACCAUUGUGGUGGAGGAGGGCCACGAGGGCCUCACGCACUUCCUGAUGAACGAGGUAAUCAAGCUUCAGCAGCAGAUGAAGGCCAAGGACCUGCAGCGCUGCGAGCUGCUGGCCAAGUCGCGGCAGCUGGAGGACGAGAAGAAGCAGCUGGCGCUCCUGCGAGUGGAGCUGCUCACCUUCCAGGAGCGUUACUACAAGAUGAAGGAGGAGCGGGACGGCUACAACGACGAGCUGGUCAAGGUCAAGGACGACAACUACAACCUGGCCAUGCGCUACGCCCAGCUCAGUGAGGAGAAGAACAUGGCGGUGAUGCGCAGCCGGGACCUUCAGCUCGAGAUCGAUCAGUUGAAGCACCGGUUGAACAAGAUGGAGGAGGAGUGCAAGCUGGAGAGGAAUCAGUCGCUGAAGCUCAAGAACGACAUUGAGAAUCGGCCCAAGAAGGAGCAGGUGCUGGAGCUGGAGCGGGAGAAUGAGAUGCUCAAGACCAAGAUCCAGGAGCUGCAGUCCAUCAUUCAGGCCGGGAAGCGCAGCCUGCCAGACUCCGACAAGGCCAUCCUGGACAUACUGGAGCAUGACCGGAAGGAGGCCCUGGAAGACCGGCAGGAGCUGGUCAGCAAGAUCUACAACCUGCAGGAGGAGGUCCGCCAGGCCGAGGAGCUGCGAGACAAGUACCUGGAGGAGAAGGAAGACCUGGAACUCAAGUGCUCGACCCUGGGGAAGGACUGUGAAAUGUACAAGCACCGCAUGAACACAGUCAUGCUGCAGCUGGAGGAGGUGGAGCGGGAGCGGGACCAGGCCUUCCAUUCCCGCGACGAAGCGCAGACCCAGUACUCCCAGUGCCUGAUCGAGAAGGACAAGUACAGGAAGCAGAUCCGCGAGCUCGAGGAGAAGAAUGACGAGAUGAGGAUCGAGAUGGUGCGGCGGGAAGCCUGCAUCGUGAACCUGGAGAGCAAGCUGCGACGUCUCUCCAAGGACAGCGGCACCCUCGACCAGAGUCUGCCCAGGAACCUGCCAGCCACCAUCAUCUCCCAGAACUUUGGGGAUGGCAGCCCCAGAACCAACGGGCAGGAGGCUGACGAUUCUUCCACCUCGGAGGAGUCACCCGAGGACAGCAAGUACUUCCUGCCGUACCACCCACCCCGGCGCAGGAUGAACCUGAAGGGCAUCCAGCUGCAGAGGGCCAAAUCACCCAUCAGCUUGAAACGUGCGACGGAUUUUCAAGCCAAGGGGCUUGAGGAGGACAGCACGGAUGCCAGCCCCAGCUCCUCACGGUCUCUGGCCAUCACCAGCUCCUUCACCAAGAUGCAGCCCCACCGAAGCCGGAGCAGCAUCAUGUCCAUCACGGCUGAGCCCCCAGGGAACGACUCCAUCGUCAGGCGCUACAAGGAAGACGCACCUCACCGUAGCACAGUUGAAGAAGACAACGAGAGUGGCGGCUUUGAUGCCUUAGACCUGGACGAUGACAGUCACGAACGUUACUCCUUCGGACCCCCUUCCAUCCACUCCUCCUCCUCCUCACACCAGUCCGAAGGCCUGGACGCCUAUGACCUGGAGCAGGUCAACUUCAUGUUCCGCAAGUUCUCUCUGGAAAGACCGUUCCGACCCUCAGUCACAUCCGGGGGCCACGUGCGGGGUCCCGGGCCCUCGGUGCAGCACACAACUCUCAAUGGUGAUGGCCUCAUCACGCAGCUCACCCUGCUGGGCGGCAACGCCCGCGGGAGCUUCAUCCACUCGGUCAAGCCGGGUUCCCUGGCCGAGAAGGCGGGCCUGCACGAGGGCCACCAGCUGCUACUGCUUGAAGGCUGCAUCCGAGGCGAGAGGCAGAGCGUGCCCCUGGAUACGUGUACCAAGGAGGAGGCCCACUGGACCAUCCAGAGGUGCAGCGGCCCCAUCACCCUGCACUACAAGGUCAACCAGGAAGGGUACCGGCGGCUGCUGAAGGACAUGGAGGAGGGGCUGAUCACGUCUGGCGACUCUUUCUACAUCCGCCUGAACCUCAACAUCUCCAGCCAGCUGGACGCCUGCUCCAUGUCCCUCAAGUGUGACGACAUUGUGCAUGUGCGCGACACCAUGUACCAGGACCGGCAUGAGUGGCUGUGUGCACGUGUCGACCCCUUUACCGACCAUGACCUCGACAUGGGCACCAUACCCAGCUACAGCCGAGCCCAGCAGCUUCUCCUGGUCAAGUUGCAGCGCCUGAUGCACCGGGGCGUCCGGGAGGAGGCAGACAGCGGCCACCACACCCUCAGGGCACUCCGGAACACCCUGCAGCCUGAAGAAGCGCUCUCCACCAGCGACCCCCGUGUCAGUCCCCGCCUGUCACGGGCCAGCUUCCUGUUUGGCCAGCUCCUACAGUUUGUCAGCAGGUCUGAGAACAAGUACAAACGCAUGAACAGCAACGAGCGUGUCCGUAUCAUCUCGGGGAGCCCCCUGGGCAGCCUGGCCCGCAACUCGCUGGACGCCACCAAACUUCUGCCAGAGAAGCAGGAAGAGCUGGAGCCGGACAGUGAGCUCAGCAGGAAACUGAGCCUCAUCCCCUACAGCCUGGUGCGUGCCUUCCACUGCCAGCGACGCCGGCCUGUGCUCUUCACGCCCACCACACUGGCCAAGACGCUGGUGCAGAAGCUGCUCAACUCAGGGGGCGCCAUGGAGUUCACCAUAUGCAAGUCAGAUAUCGUCACACGAGAGGAGUUCCUGAGGAAGCAGAAGACAGAGACCAUCAUCUACUCCCGGGAGAAGAACCCCAACACGUUUGAGUGCAUCGUCCCCGCCAACAUCGAAGCUGUGGCAGCCAAGAACAAGCACUGUCUGUUGGAGGCCGGGAUUGGCUGCACCAGGGACUUGAUCAAGUGCCAGAUCUACCCCAUCGUACUCUUCAUCCGGGUGUCCGAGAAGAACAGCAAGAGGUUCCGGAAGCUGCUGGCCCGGCCCGAGUCGGAGGAGGAGUUCCUGCGGGUGUGCCGGCUCAAGGAGAAGGAGCUGGAGGCGCUGCCCUGUCUCUACGCCACGGUGGAGGCCGACAUGUGGGGCAGCGUGGAGGAGCUGCUGCGCGUGCUCAAAGACAAGAUCAGCGAGGAACAGCGCAAGACCAUCUGGGUGGACGAGGACCAGCUGUGAACGGCCGCGGGCUCUCGGCACAGACGCACCCACGGAGGGGCCGGCAGGGACCAGCUGUGAGUGGCCGCGGGCUCUCAGAUGCACCUCGAAAGGGGCCCCCAGGGCAGAGCCCGGCACCGUGGCAGUGCAGAGUGACUGGCAGGAAGGUGGGUGUGGCCCACCUGCAGGCAGGGGCCAGUGCUGUGCACUUGCCCGCUGGCAUUAACACCUCCCGACUGCUCGUUCCAAUCAUCUCAAGUGCGCAGGGGCCGACACAGUGGCACAGCCGGUAAGGCUGCUGCCUGGGCCACCGGCAUCCCGUAAGGGCACCCAUUCAAGUCCUGGCUGCUCCGUUUCCGGUCCAGCCCCCUGCUACAGCUGGGAGAGCAGCAGAGGACGGCCCAGG